AUGUUAUCCAAAAAUUGUAACUAUUUGAUUUCAUCCUUAAAAAAUAAUAAUAUUGGUAACAAUAAUAGCAGUAAUAAUAGUAGUGAUAAUAGUAGUAGUAGUAGUAGUAGUAAUAAUGAUGACAAUAGAAAUAAUAAUAAUAAUAAUAAUAGUAAUGAUUAUAGUAGUAAUAAUAAUGGUAGUAAUAAUAGUAAUAAUAAUGAUAAUAAUAGUAAUAGUAAUAAUGAUAAUAGUAGUAACAAUAAUAAUAGUAAUAGUAAUAGUAGUAGUAAUAGUAGUAAUGGUAAUGAUAAUAAUAUUAUGUUUAUAUAUAAAACAAAAUCUUUACCAGAUUCAUAA